AUGAUCCUUUCUUUUCUUCCAUUAAUUCCAAUAUUUUCUUUACAAGUCCAGUUCAACAACUAUGCGUACUGUCCAAAUCGUCCAUCCAUGAAUGAUGGAAUGUGUUCAAUAGAAUAUAUUGAAAAUGUUUAUCAUUCUCCAACAGCUUAUUUUUCGAUUAAUGGAAGUGCAGAUAUUCAAUCGUCUUCAACUAUUUUAUAUAAUGGUAUAAUUGUUUUUUCAAGCCCAAAACUUGAACCUGGCAGGAAAUACCAGCUUACAGUCAAACUUUUUGUUGACGGUGCUGAAGUCUAUACAAAUCCUAAUCUUACGUUAUUAGUUUUAACUGAUAUGGUCGCCUCUAAUUUAACAGUUUCAAAUCCAAUCAUCGCCACGGAUGGAAGUUUAUAUACUACACAUCUCGUAUAUACUCAGAUUAUGUAUUUUGAUUUUGAUUUUACAUUUUACGUGCUUUUUGAUCCAGACUUUGUUGAAAUGUCAAUCAAAGAUUACGACGAAGAGAUGAAUCCUAUCAGCUAUUAUACUUACGAUGACCCUGAAUUCAUAAAUCGGUUAAAAUAUCAUGGAUAUACGGCUUUUAAACUUAAUUUUUACUCUAAUGGAAAUAACAUUUAUACCUUUGAAUUACGGACAUAUAUGUUUAACAGACUAAGUCCUGGCGUACAUAAAAUUUCACUGUGGUCUACUGACCGGUAUUCGUUUUCAAAUAUGUUAAAUGCAACGAUUGAAAUACGUCAAACGCCAUUCAUUUUAAUCCUCAACUAUCCAAAACUAGUCAAGGUUGGAGAUCCGAUCUCUUUAUACUGUAGAUCCCGCAACUUUGAAUAUGAUUUGGAAUAUUACAUUUACGUCAACGACUUACGAAUCCCGAAGGUAUUCACAAAACCUUCUUCAAAUAGAAAACUCCUUGACGAUAUUACGGAUUCACAUUUCAAUAUAACUUUCCCUGCUCCAUCAACCCCAGGAAAUCAUACUUUUAUUAUCAAGCAAUCAUAUAAAGAUGCUAUCAACAGUACUGUUAGAACCAGUUCUCAGGCUACAAUUGCUGUUCGAUCGCCCCCAGUCGUAGAUUCUGUUUCAACUCCAACAAACGUCGAAUCUCAAGCGACCUCCAUGAGACUAUCUGUUUCUUAUACAGAUCUAGAUGCUAUCGAUCAACUUUCGCUCCUCUACAAGUUCGAUUCAUCAUCAGAUUAUUUUAUGUACGGAGAAAACUUAACGAUCACGUCGCAAACAGGUGUACUCGAAGUAGAUAUCGACUUGCCAACAGAUAGAACACUUGGAUCCCAUAAAAUAUUUGUAAAAUUAAUAGAUUCAUACAAUUACGAAUCAAACACAGACAAAUACUUUGAAUUCUUCAUCAGAUCCAAACCUGUUGUCACAUUCAUCUCAUUAGACAAAGAAUUCUAUGUUCCAGGCGAUAAUUUCAUAUCUCAAAUUAAAAUUGAAGACAUUGACAGUGAAGAUGUCGAAAGAAUCGAAUACAAAUAUGAUUCUGAGUAUGUAUUUUUAGUAGAUAAUGUCAUUCCAAGCGAAAACAUUGUCUUACCAUCAAUUCCCAUUUCAAACACUAUAAAUACAAGUUCAGUUACUUGUUUUAUUCGUGUUACAGACAAAUAUGGCUUUUCUAAUGAAAUACAAAUAGAUUUAACAAUUCAUUUCAAGCCAAAAUUGUCUAUUGAACAAAUUCCUGAAAAAGUUGUUCCAGGAAAGAAAUUUUCAGUAGUUUUUUCAGUUGAUGAUUUUGAUACAGAUGAUGUUUUUAAGAUUUAUUAUAAAUCAUCAACUGAUUAUAAUUUAGUUACUGAAUACACUGAUCAAUCAACUAUUUUAGUAUCUGUUCCUGAAGACUCAAAACCCGGUGAUUUAACUGUUUAUUUCUAUUGUGUUGAUAAAUACAAUUUAUCAUCAGAAGAAAUAAAUAAAACACUUAUUGUUAAAGGAAAACCAUCAGUUUCUAUUACAGGACCUGAAACCAAAAACGUAAUUCCAGGAAACACAAUAACUUUAAAAAUAACUGUUACUGAUCCUGAUGAAGAUAAAGUCAAAGUUUUCGUUAAUGGAACAGACACAAAAAUAUUUAAUGAAAAUGAAUUUGAUGUUAUAAUAACAAUACCUGAAAUUCAUGGUAUUUAUAAUAUAUCAUCAAAUGCAAUUGAUGAAGAUGGAUUAGUUUCAGAUACUUCUAUUUAUAGUUUUGAUGUAAGAGAUCCUCCAAAAAUUGUUUCAUGCAAAUUAGAUAAAAAAGCUUAUGUAGUUGGAGAUGAAUUCGUUCCUUCAUGUACAUUUAAUGAUUUAGAUACUGAUGAUUACUUAAGAGUUUAUGAUAAUACAACAGGUGAUUUCGAGCCAAUAUUUGUUUAUGUAUCAAUGAUGCAACAAACUAUUGAACAACAAAUUAAAACUUACAAAAUACCAGAAGAUUUCGAAGGAGAUGAAUUCGCAGUUUAUAUUAAAUGUACUGAUAAAUAUGAUUUCGAAUCAAACACCAUGAAAAUAUCAGUAUAUUUAAAAAAUCAUCCACAAAUAAAUAAUGUCAGAAUUAAUAAGGAAUCUUAUAUAAGAGGAGAUCAUAUAAUUAUUGAUGGUGAAGCAUCAGAUGAAGAUGAAAAUGAUGUAAUAACUGUUAAUUUAUCAGUCAACAAUGAUGUUUAUUCUCAAAUUAUUUUGGCGAAUUCAUCAGAAAAAACAUUCCAUUUCGAUGUUUUAGUUAAAGAUGAAUAUGAAAUCGGAUUUAUUGAUAUCAGUUUGAAUUCUAUUGAUUUAUAUGGUUUGAAAUCAAUUCCUGAGAUUAACUUGUCAAAACCAUUGUAUUUCGUACCAAUUAUUAAAUCAUUGGAAACAGUUGAUCAAAUUUAUGUUUCUCCUUCUAAAACAAUCAAAAUCAAAGUUAGUAUUGAAGAUUUAGAUAUAAAUGAUUCAAUUACUGUUUGUUAUAAAAGAGAAAUAGAUCCAGAAUUCAAUGAUUUAGCUGUUAUAAAAACAAGAGAAGAAAUAUUUGAUAUAAUGAUUCCAGAAGGAACAAGUUCAGGACCAUAUAACAUUGAAUUUAAACUAUUUGAUUCUCAUGAUUUGAUGUCAAAUACAAAGAAUAUAAUUGUUCAAGUACGAAUUCCUCCAAAGAUUACAAAUGUUUCUUCAUCAAAACUAAUUUAUACAAAAGGAGAAACAAUUGUUGUUAAUGGAAACAUCGAAGAUCCAGAUCAAAAUGAUGAAUUCAACAUAACAAUUAAAAUAGGAGAACUAAAUAACACAAAAACAAUUCAAUCUAUUGGUCAAAACACACCUUUUAGUAUUAGUUUAGAUGAUGUUCCUUUAGGUGAUUAUAAAGCAGAAAUAUUCGUUACUGAUCAAUCAAUGUUUACAUCAGAACCAGCACCAGUUGAUGUCAAAGUCAGAGAUGCUCCAAAAUUAACAAACAUUACUCCAAAGUUUGAAUAUUUCGCUAAAGGAGAUAAAAUCAUUGUUUCAGGAAAGAUCGAAGAUGAAGAUCAAAAUGAUGAAUUCAACGUUACAAUGAGAAUAUUGAAUUAUAAUAAUACAAUAACUGUUAAAUCACAAGGAGAAAUAACAUCAUUUAAUAUCAGUUUAUUAAAUGUUCCUCUUGGAGAUUAUACAGCUGAAAUAUUUGCAAUUGACAAAUCAAUGUUUUCAUCAAGCAAAGAAUUAGUUCCAAUUAAAGUUAGAUUCCAUCCUAUUCUUAAGAACCUGACAACACCAAAACCAUUCUUUGCUAAAGGAGAAUCAUUUGUCAUCAACGGUAUCAUUCAAGAUGAAGAUUUAGAUGAUGAAUUCACUGUUACAAUUCGAUCACAAUCAUUUGAGAAAGUUCAAAAAAUUAAUUCUAAUGGAUUAAUUACUUCAUUCUCUUUCGAAAUAGAUCAAUGCCCUGUUGGUGAUUCUUCAACAACAGUUUAUGUUGCUGAUAAAUACGGUUUCUUAACAAAAUAUCCAUUAACUGUCAAAGUAAGAAUUGCUCCUGUUAUUGCUGAUCUUUCUUUCGAAGAAAAACGUUACAAGAAAGGUGAACAAUUGACACUUCACUUCACUUUCUCUGAUGAAGACAUAAAUGACUUAGUAACAUUUAGUGGUGACAUUGGAUCAUCACCAUUCAAUGAUGAGACUCAUUAUGAUACAUCAACAACACAAAAAGAAGGAACAAUUACAUUUACUAUUCCUGAAGAUUGUGAACAAGGAUUAGUUGAUAUAAAUCUUAAGGCAACAGAUUCAAAUUUAUUAGUUUCAAACAUUUUAACGAAGAAGAUUUAUAUAUUAUCUAGUCCAACAGUUAAAUAUUUAGGAAAGAACCUUCCAAAGAAUGCAAAACCACUUGACAAUGUAACAGUUUUCUUCAGUGUUUCUAAUCCUGAUUCCGAUGAAACUGUCAAAGUUUACAUCCAAGUAAACAACAGUGAACAAAUAUUAUUAGGAUCAAUUAAUUCUCCUGUUGAAAACUAUAUGUUUAACUAUACAAUAUUUAUACCUUUGGAUCAUCCAAAUUAUACAAUUCCUUAUAAUUUCACUGCGAUUGAUUCAACAGAUUUGAUUGGCAGAAAUCAAACAGAAAUCAUUGUCGCAAGUCAUCCACCAAUUGUUAGAUAUAUUGAAGAGUUUAUGCCUUAUAUGUUAAACUCAUCAGUUCCAGUACGAUUCGCUUUAAUGGAUGAAGAUAAUGAUGAUACUUUAUCAGUUAAUUUCCACUUGUUUAGAAAGAAUUAUUCAUUACUUUAUAAUUUGUUAGAAAACCAAAUUUGCAACAGUUUGACAAACCAUACUGUUCAUAUACAGUUACCUGCUGAUAUAGAAGAUAAUGAAUAUACAGUUGUUAUUACAGCAACAGAUAGAGCUGGUCUACAAUCAUCAGAUGUUACAAAAUUACUUGUAAACACUAAAGCUCAGUUUGGACAAGAAGGUCAAGUGUAUAAAUUCGAAUUCGAAAUAGUAGUUGACACCAGAUGGUACUAUGUUGUAUUAGUAGCCAGCGCUGUUAUAUUAUUGUUAGUCGUCAUUUUAGUUACAAUUAUUAGAUGUAUUCCUCCCAAAAGAGACGACUACUUAGAAUUCGAAGACGAGGAAUACGAAGAAGAAGAUAUAUUAGAAAAAGAACAGGCCCCUAUAAAAAAAGAGUUCAACUCUGAUGACAUAAUGCUUUCAGCUGGAGAACAACUUGAUGAAUCUGAUACAGCUGAAACUGUCUCAAAAUCAAGUUCCGACAUUAUGCAUCAGAAUAUCCCUACUUUUGUUUGA